GCUGCUUUUGGCAGAUGGUGGCCGCAAAGAAGACGGAAAUCUGAAAUAGAGUACUAUGCCAUGUUGGCCAAAACUGGUGUCCAUCACUACAGUGGCAAUAAUAUCGAACUCGGCACAGCAUGUGGAAAAUACUACAGAGUAUGCACACUGGCCACCAUUGAUCCAGGUGAUUCUGAUCUCAUUAGAAGCAUGCCAGAACAGACCGGUGAAAAAUAAACCAUGCAAAAUUUUUCAUUAAUAAAACUUGCCAGAGCUUGUUUUAAAAAAAAAAAAAA